AUGACCCCACCACUCCAACCUUCCCAUCCCGACGACCUGGCGAACUACGGGGUCGAAAUCGGAUGGAGGGUGGCGUACUGGGAUGAAGGAGCCAAGGAGAUGAAGCGAGGAAUAUUAUGGAACAUAUGGCGCAGAACCAGCAGCGCUGGUAAAGGAAUCCCUGGAGGAUAUUGUCGCGUCAGUAGUUCCGAUCUUCCCGUAGAAUCGACCUCCUUACUCUGGACUCCACGUAAGGAUAAGCGGCGCUCGUUCGCACAGCCAGCCCACCUCCCAGUGUCGGCUCGCCGUUUCCCGCCUCAUUUCCCUGUAAUGUUACUCACCUCGCUUAUCAUUUCUGCCGCAUCCUAUCCAUCAGCGGGAACUGACAGUUCCCAUUACCAAGCUCUAGCAGGGGAGAACCCGCGUAUCAUUUCGGGUUUGGAGCCGAGCGCAACAUCAUUUUCCCUCCGGGCGUCCACGCGCUUCUGUGCAUAUGUUAGCCGAGCACAAGUACAAGUGAACUAUCACCCACCUCCACUAGUCCACCAGUUGUCAGGCGGACUCUUUGGUCCUGCUCGACGAUUCUUCCACACUCCCGUCUUUAUCCCAUCCAUAUUCGAGCCAACAGGUUGUGUCCAAGAAUACUUUCGGCAACACACCUCGUCCGUUCCUUCGGUAUCCGGUAUGGUUCGAACGAUCGGCUGCUGA